AUGCUUGAGAAGAGAAGGUCUCCCCAUGUCCAAGAGCCUAAUGACCUUGCCAAAAGACGGGCUCCACGACAGGAUCCAGUCUCAUGUCAGAGCUGUCGCAAAAAGAAAUUGAAAUGUGACCGUCUGCAGCCAUGCUCGAGUUGUCGAUCAAGAAGGAUUCCGUGCAAGUACGCUGUUGCUAAUGUUGCUCAUCAAUAUGUACCUCCGCCGAUGGCAUCAGCACCAGCAGUAGCAGCCACGGGCAUUCCAUCAUCGACGAACAACAGCAUUACUACAACCGCGCAACCGCAAGUUUACCGCGCCCCAGAAGUCCAAAUCAAUUCUCAGGACGCUACUGAAGAAGAAAGAAGUACUGAUUGGUUAGAAAAUAUCAUGAUGGCUCCCCGCGUCCCUGAUGCUUUGCCAAUGUCUAUCAAGAACAAGCUGAUAACUGCAAAUCAUUCGGCUGUCCCAGUUACAAACUUAACUUCUUUCCUUCCUCGAGAAUCAGAAGCUUUGACACAAUUCAAAUACUAUGUUGAUUAUGUCGGCUAUCUCUACCAUGCAAUAAUCCCCAGCCAGGUUCAGUCCCAUAUCAAUGCAAUUUAUCAAAGCAUGCAUUAUGUAUCAUCAGCACCAGCAUCCUCGUUCCCAUCAGCGGCAGUGAAUCUGAAUCAUCUUGCCCUUCUAUUUAGUAUACUAGCCGCUGCAUUUUAUUUCCAAAAUUUAGAUGCAGACGCUGCAUCAGCCAAACAAGUCGAAGAGAGGUGCCAUGAGUACAUCACGCUUGUCGCUGCGGCCUUGAUGCAGAGUGAUUAUAUGAACUACCCCACUGUUGAAGGUCUACAAGCUGCUCUUGUAGUAUCUAUGAUCCUUCCGAAUGAUGGACAAGACACUUCAGUUCGUGCACUAUUCCAUAUCGGAGCAUUGGUCAACCAGUGCCGGCAGAUGGGACUCUUCCAAAUUGAUUCGGCACAGAACAAAGCUUUUCGGAGGAAACAUGGAUAUGAUCCCAUGGAGGUGGAGUUAAAACGUAGACUGGUAUGGCUGGUUGUUUCUUCUGACUGGUUCCUGGCAUUUCUAGGGGGACCGCAAGAAGGUAGCUACCUUGUAAAUCCAGCACACAUGGCCCUGGAUAUGCCCAUAAAUAUAUCAGACGAAGACUUGUGCGCCGGCGGUGGACCUGUAUCGGAUAACGUUCCCACCACCAUGUCAUACUUUAUAUUCCGCCUCAAACUAGCCACCUACUGUCGUGAUAUAGUCGACUAUACCUGUCGUGAGCGUUUGGAAGGUGUGGAUAUUCCUUAUAGCAAAAUCAUGGAACUUGACCAAAAAUGGCAUGAAUACAACAAAGAGCUUCCAGAGUUCUUUCGAUUAGAUGCUAACACUCGACGCAAAUAUGCUCAACUCUAUGCAAGUUCGCCGCAAAUUGCAUGGCAACGGUUGUUGCUUCAGCAAGGACAUCAUUCACGUUUAUGUCGCUUACAUCGCAGCUAUUUCAUCCGUGGAGCCAAGGAUCCUGCAUACUCUUACUCGCACAUGAUGUGUCUUCAGGCUGCGCGACGUGUUAUCGAAAUUAAACGAAUGAUGGACAAGGAAUUUCCAAAUACACCGAGUGUCUCAACGACCUGGUCUGUUAUGCAUCAUGUUUUCAUGGCAGUAAUAAUAUUGCUGAUGGAUGUAUGCUUCAACUGGGAUGAUAUUUUAGCUGAUCGGCGCAAAGAAGAGAUUAUGGAGGCGUGUCGCAUGCUCGAUAAAGCUCAGAGAAAUUCGAGACUGGUACGCGAGGGUAUCAAUGCUAUGACAGAAGUCUUGCAAAGUCGCUGUCGGUCUGUCUCAAGUGAUCAUUUACCACUUUCGCAAGACACAGAGUAUCCUGUGCACCAAGGAACGGUUGUCCAGUCGACGCAGGAGAUUGAGAAUACUGGGGCGCUAAGAAGAACAGAAGAAGGUUCUUCAUCGGCAGCCUUGUACCCUUCAAUAGAUGUGGGAAAUAAUGCCUCCUUUGCCAUCAACGCCACUGAGGAUAUGUGUGAUCUAGAGAACAUGUGGUCUGAGUUUCUGGAUAACGGUUCUAUGAUGGGGGGUAGCCCUAAUGAGUGGAUGGGGUUAUUAUCCGACCUAACUGAGACAGCACCCGCUGUGUGAUAUUUCUGCCAUGUCAAAUUUAUGCUAUGAGAGUCGACUAAUUUAUCUGCUGCUGGU